GCCAGAGGAGCUGUCAGCACUAGCUGUCCUAUACUGUGUGAUCCCAGCUUCCCCUCUCACACUGUACUCUAUAGGCAGGAGGAUUAGGAGCUGCACUCUUUAAAGCUGACUCCUGGGAGUUUCCUGGUUCACUCACUAGGAACUAGAUUAAAAAAAGAAUUAACAAGAGUUUUUUUACCCUGGAAUUCGAAUCAACAAGUGAAAGGGAUUCUGAGAGCAGAUCAGACUGUGGACUCUCUUUGGAUCUUGUACUUUAAUCCACUUACCUGCCUUGUGGAUUCUGGUUGCUACAUGAAACUUGAAAGAGACUGUUUGAAAACUGGAUGUGACAGCACAGCUUGAAUGGGAAAGAGAAAACUGGAUUUAACGUGAGAGAGAGAUCUUUAUCUACGGGUUACUCUAACUGGGAAACAGAGCUAGCACUCCACACCAUCUCUGUGCACUUUUCACUCUCACUGUCUAUUCUCCCAUUGAGGAUUCGAAUGUACCGAUACUCACGCUGAUACUCAGUGUUCUUCCCUCACUCUAUGUGAGCUGUGCCAGCCUGGUCUGGGGAUACCCAGCUCAGUGUGCCAAGGGCUGGCCCUUUUGACUUGGAAGGUUGCCCCGGCCAGGUUCCAUGUGAGCCUGGUGCCCAGUGUGGGGGCAGUGCUGCAGCAGGACUCACAGCAAGGGUGGCACCCACUUACCAAGUCUGACCAUGGCCAAAUGGCUCAAUAAGUAUUUCAGUCUGGGCAAUAAUAACAACAACAAGACCAAGAGCCCCCCACAGCCCCCUCGGCCGGACUACAAGAGGAACGGGGGCCCCGAGGGCUCCUUCCACCUGCAGCAGUUCCAUCACCACACCUCCCCGCUGCCCGGACACUGCCGGGAGGAGAGCGACCUCAUCCGCGCCUACAGGGCCCAGAAGGAGAGGGACUUCGAGGAUCCGUACACCGGGCCCGGCUCUUCCCUCCGCAAGCUGCGGGCCAUGUGCAGGGAGGAGCAGCAGGCGGAGGGCAGGAGGGCGCCGCCAGGGUGCAUCAGCAGCAGCAGCCUCUUCCAGGAGCCCUACCCUGGCUCCAGCACCAACACCACCUCCUCCUCCUCUUCCUCGUCCUCCUCCCCGCACCUGUAUCGCAGCAACAGCGAGAGGAGGCCGGCCGGCAGCAGGCGGCAGCAGCAGCAACUGGCAGGGGGGGCCGACCUCAAAUACAUCGUGUCCCCCAAGCACCGGCUCAUUAAGAUAGACAGCAGCGGCUGGGGGGACACCGGGGGGAGCACGGGCACCGUGGGGAUCACCUGGAGCCCGGCCCUGACCAAGACCGAGGAACCCAAGAAAGACAAGGUUGUAAUACCUGAUGACUAUUCAGAUCCAUUUGAUGCCAAAAGUGAGAAGAAUAAAGGUGUAGUACCCGAGAAUAACGGCUACAUGGAACCGUACGAAGCUCAGCGGCUAAUGACAGACAUUCAGAAGCAGGACAUUCAGAAGCCGUCCCAGAAGAAUAUUCAGCUAUAUGACACACCGUAUGAACCAGAAUGCAAUGGUGUUGAAGAAUCGGAUUCAGAAAGCCUGGUUGACCUACGACUGAGAGAAAGCAAGUUGCCACAGGAUGACGAUCGACCUGCUGAUGAAUAUGACCAGCCAUGGGAAUGGAACAAAGCACUGCCAGCCUUAGCAGCCCAGUUCAAUGGCAGUGAGAAGAGGCAGUCCUCUCCAUCACCGUCAUCUGAUAGACGCCGACAGUUAAGGGCUCCUGGAGGUGGUUUUAAACCUAUAAAGCAUGGUAGCCCCGAGCUCUGUGGGAUUCUGGGAGAGCGAGUGGAUCCAACUGUAGCACUGGAAAAACAAAUAUGGUAUCAUGGAGCUAUCAGCCGAACAGAUGCGGAGAACUUGCUAAGGCUCUGCAAAGAAUGCAGCUACCUUGUGAGAAACAGUCAGACCAGCAAACACGACUAUUCUCUGUCUCUAAAGAGCAGCCAAGGCUUUAUGCACAUGAAACUGUCGAAAACCAAAGAAAAGUACAUACUGGGUCAGAACAGCCCUCCUUUUGACAGCGUCCCUGAAGUCAUCCAUUUCUACACCACCAGAAAACUUCCAAUCAAGGGGGCCGAACAUUUAUCACUCCUGUACCCAGUAGCUGUGCGGACCCUGUAAAGUGCCAAAAGACUUGUUUGCCCCCUUCCUAUGGAUAGGGGUCUGUGAAGAAUCAUUUUAAUCAGUACAGCAGGGUACUGCAGGGGGCUAUUCAAGCACUGAAGAGGAACGUGAUUUAGAGAAUGGAAACGCUGGUUGUAUCGCACUCAGUAUAUGUACGAUAUUGCACUAUGGCAUUCACACUGUACAGUACUUCUUUGAUGAGGAGGACUUGUGAAAAGUAAAAGCUUAGCUAGCGUUUGUGGUUAGAACCCAAACCAGCUCUGGCAGUUGAAGGGACUUCUUGAAAAAUGCAAUGCUUGUUUGGGCGGAUAAAGUUAAACCUGCACAGAAAAUAAAUGUUACAGUGUGAAACUACAUAUUUAUUAUUAUUAUUUUUGCACAAAACAAUUGUUUGGAGCUUUUAUUAUUCUGUCUGUACAUUUGUUAAAGAAUCGGUUGUUUCUCAGCUAGCUCCACAAAUAUCUACAACAGAUGUCUACAACUAUGUCCUCUCUUGUUUAACAUGGCUUCUGUGGCAACAUUUAUGUUGUAAUGUGCACUUUUUUCCCCGCAAGGAUUUACUGAUCUUCCUCAAACAAGCAAUGUAUAUUUUCAUCAUAUAGAAAGAGAAAUGUUUCAUUAAAAUAUGGAUGAAGGUUUCUCACUUUGUUCUUGUGCAUGAAACAUUGAUGGCUUCAGAUUCUUACCAUCAUUCAAUAAAUAUCGUCCAUGCAUAUUCUGCGGUACCUGUGAAAGUCAGCACGUGGCGGCUGAGCUGCUCUGACACUAUACCCACUAAUAUACGUCUGUUGGAGCAAUAACAUAUCGUUUUGGGGUUUGUGUUUUUUUUUACACUUGCGUUAUCCUAAUUUGUCAGUGCGCAGUAGCAAGUUAUGGUUUAAUUAUUUAUGAAUAGGGUAUGUAAAUAAAGAAAUAGCAGUUUAAUAUAUAAGUAUAUUUUUGACCCCCUUUUUGGUACAAGGAAUGAACGGUUGUGCACCUUCUUACAGUCCAAGACCUACAAAGUUAAAAUUGACCAUGUUUUGUGUUAGUACAGUGUGACUGUUCUGUUGUGGGAAAGAGUUACUCGAAUGUCAAUAGGUUUAAAUAAAAAAAUAGAUAAAAAAAAUCAUUAAAAAAAAAAUCAGGGUGUUGUUGGUUUUAACAAUUUUGCUUGUGAAGCCUGUUUAGUUUUUUUUUUUUUUUUUUUCCAAAUAGCAUACAUGAAAAAAAAAUGACAGUAUUAGGGUUUCAACCAUCUUAUCUCUAAUAAAAUUGAUCUUCGGCA